AUGAGGACGAUAAGAAGUGUAACAAAGGCAGCCUUCAAGGUUCUUGCCCAUGGGAUUAAGAAAGUUAAGCACAAGGCCAAAAGGUUGGUUUCCAGCACUGGAGUCGAAAAGGAACGCACUUCCAACUCUGUCGGGAAGCUUGAAGAUGCUUUAUUUUCUACAGAAACAGAGAUAAGAAACUCCGAAGACUAUCUCCCGGCCCACAAAGGCCUCCAAAGUGAAAGGCCCUUCAAGGGUCCUGUCUUUGUUGAGAUGGGGCAGGACCCGGAUCUACUGAAUAUUGGGCUCAGGAAGAUAGGAAAAGAUAUCCUAUUUCUGUAUGACAUAGAUGACACUCUAUACCAUCGAUCAAACAACCUCCAGGAGAUGGAGAUGGAGUUCCUUAAAAAGAAAUAUCUUUCCCUCAAGAAUGAUGGGGAAGACUCUUUUGAAGAGCAACUAUCGCAGUCGUGUCUUUACUCGUCUCUUUUCUACAAUCACGUUGGCAUUUCUCUUGAAGAGUAUUGGGAGAUGAUGUCUGAGUUUGACUAUCUACAGUAUCUUUCCCCAGAUGUGAAACUGAGGAGCUUCCUUCUUUCCAUGAAAAAUGUCAGGAGGUGCUGCUUUACCAACGGGCCUAGCGAUAGGGCAGAAAACAUCCUCACAAAGCUGGGGAUUCUGGAUUGCUUUGAAGUUGUCAUUUCCAUAGGCAAGUACGACAAGACAUUUUGCUGUAAACCUCUUGAAGAGUCAUAUAAAUUUGUCGCAAAGGUUUUGGGAAUAGAAUGUCCUGGAAAUGUUUAUUUCUUUGAUGAUUCUGAAAAAAAUAUUUCCGGAGCAGAAAAAGCUGGAUGGAAUGGAGUGCUGAUCACAGAGGAUUGCAACAUCAUCGAUGUCUCGUCCCAAGUGCUGCAGAGAAUCAGGAAAGAUGUUCACGGUUUUCACUUUCAGGAGGUUUCUGGGGCAUCCCCUAGCAAGAUGCCUUCAAACUGA